AUGGGCUGCGGCAGAUGCCCAGUAAUAUCCGAGUCUCUCGAUUCCACUGUGAUCCAUAAUUUUACUGACACGUCACACCAAAACAGACUUCGUGCUAUUGUGCCUGAUAUCCAGUCUAUCUUGAGAAUCUUUGAGGCGCCAUCGUUUUCAAUCAGUGUCAUGUACCACGGUCAGGUCAUCCAAACGGCAGGUUUUGGAUAUGCCGAUGUGGAAAAUCGCAGAGUGCCUGAUGAGGAUACAAUCUAUACCAUCGCUUCAUGCACCAAAGGAAUUACAGGCACUGCCUUCGGCAUCUUGGAACAGCAAAACAAGCUCAAACUGGACGAUUUGGUGUCAAAACAUUUGCCUGGUUUCAAUACUGUCAACAGUCCAGCUGUUAGUCGGAAGAUGAGAAUUAAAGAUAUGCUCUCGCACUGUUCGGGUUUAUCUCCAUUACCUUAUGAGGUCAUUUGUAGAAAUGGGUCUGUUUUUGUCCAGCAUGAUGAUCUGGUUCAAAUUUGUAACCAUCUGCCGCGACAAGCUGAGUUCCGUUCUGAGUGGAAGUACAACAACUGGAUGUUUGCGCUUGCUGGCCUCAUUAUCACACAAGAGUCAGGUACAUCAUUUGGUGAACUUAUUCGACAAGAGAUAUUUGACUCGCUGAAUAUGAGGUGGACCUCCUGCUUUAAUCCUGAAGGAGAUGACAACUAUGCAAGACCAUAUCUCAUCUAUGAUGAGAGAAAAUUCGAGGCUGUCUCUUUGCCUACGCUUGUCGAUGAGCGGGCUUUCGAUAGCUCUGGCUCUGUUCGCUCUUGUGUCCGGGAUGUUCUUCUCUGGACUAAGGCUUUGAUGGCUGCAUGGAAGGCAUUUCAUCAAAUUGCAUCUGGCAGUGAUGAUUAG